AUGAAAUUUGAUCCAAGAAUUAGACCUAAUCUGUUUACGUAUACAAUAGCAUUGAGUUCUUGUGCUAAGAUUCAGAAUUUGAAAAUGGGUAUUCAAAUUCAUGAAGAUUUGGUUAAAGAUGGGUGUGAAAAUGAUGAUUUUAUUGUCACGACGUUGAUUGAUUUUUAUUCUAAAUGUGGGAAGACCGAUAAUGCACGUCGAGUAUUUGAUAGGAUUCGAGUACCAACAAUUCCUAAUUGUACAGCAAUGAUUGAUGGUUAUACGAUGAAUAACCGAAGUAAGGACGCGAUUAACUUAAUUAGAAGGAUCUUGAGGUCUAGGUUAGAUUUGAAGAUGGUUAAAGAUUUGGGCUUUACCUGUUUGCUUAGACCUUGUACUAACGAAAAACUGCUUAAACAAGGUCAAGAAAUUCAUGUUAACAUGAUUAAGUUUGGGUAUAAACCCGGAGCGCAGACAAUCAUUUCACUAGUUAAUCUAUUCGAGAAAUGUGACAAAAUGGUAACUGCUCGUCGUUUAUUUGAUGAGUUGAUUGAGAAGCAUGUAGGGUUAUGGGCAAGAAUGAUAGCUGGACAUGUAAGAAAUGGAUUGAACCAUGAAGCUAUGGAGUUAUAUUUUGAAAUGAUUUGUGAAGAUGUUGAACCGAAUCCCUUUGCACUUUCUUCUGCUAUUAGUGCUUGUAUUGCUACAUCAGGUAUGAAAGAAGGGAUGGAAAUACACGGUCGAGCAAUUAAAUCUGGUUGUAGGUUAUCAGAAGAUGUUAUUGUAGUUAGCCUUGUGAAGUUUUACAGUGAGUUUGAGCUGCUUGAGGAUGUACAGAAGGUUGUUAGAUGUCAUAGGGAGCAAGUAUAUCCAUGA